AUGCACUACUCGCGUACCAUGCCCCGGUCCGGCAACCACCGAUACUUCACCUCGACCGCCGUCCUACUCAACGAGCUCAUCAAGCUCGCCGUCUCCCUCACUUUCUCCAUGUAUGAGUCGUCCAAGACGCUCGCUCCCAACACCCCAGUCACCGUCCUCAUCGAGCAGAUAUACAAUUCUGUCUUUGCCGGCGACGGUUGGAAACUGUCUAUCCUUGCUGCAUUCUACACUAUCCAAAACCUCCUCCAGUACAUGGCCGUCGGCAACCUGGAUGCUGUCCAGUUCCAGGUCCUCUACCAGCUAAAGAUCCUCACGACAGCCGUGUUUAGCGUCGUCCUCCUCCGACGAUCACUGGGACCCAAGCGCUGGCUCUCCCUUCUCAUCCUGACUCUCGGUGUCUGCGUCGUCUCCAUGCCCUCGUUGGGCGGCGACGACCCCGUCUACCUCCGCGAGCCGACCGAUCACUUCUUUUCCCGCCCGCUCCACGACCUGGCCGAGGCAAGCCCUGAGCUCUAUCAGCCGCGCCAACACCUGCAGCGCCGCUCUGCCACCUACGAAGGCAUCACCGAGGACCUUGCACCGCCCGAGCCUCUCAUGAACUACUCUGUCGGCGUGACGUGCGUCUUGAUUGCCGCUUCGGUCUCGGGCCUGACCGGCGUCUACUUCGAGAAGCUUCUCAAGGAUAGCCCGACGCAGACCAGCGUGUGGAUCCGCAACGUCCAGCUCAGUUUCUACUCGCUCAUUGCUGCCGCUCUCGGUGGCGUCAUGUGGCAAGACUGGGAGGGUAUUCGCGAGCACGGCUUCUUUGAGGGCUACAACUGGGCUGUUUGGCUGGCUAUUUUCCUCCAGGCCGCCAGUGGCAUGGUGGCUAGCAUUGUUAUUCGCGAUGCAGACAAUAUUGUCAAGAACUUUGCCACCAGCAUCAGCAUCGUCAUCAGCUUCCUCGCCAGCAUGUGCAUCUUUGAGUUUAACGUGACCUGGACUUUCCUCUGCGGUACUGGUCUCGUUCUCGCUGCCACAUACCUCUACAACGCACCCGACCAUAAAAUCCCCGCUUUUGUCGCCAACCGCCCGAAACCCAUCCGAGUCGUGAGCUUGGAGAAGCCCGCCAUUGCGCCCAUGGGCACUCCGCGCCUCACACCGAGGGGUACCCCCCGGUUGACGCCCAGAUUGGGAAGCUCUACACCCGACCUAGACGGUGUCAACGGUGCGGGUGGCAGGCUCCAUUACGAGCCUCUGGACAGUGGAAAGGGUCUUGGCCUAUCAUCCGGGCUACCCAACAGUCCUAUGCUUCCAAGGACGCCUAGCAGGGGAGAUUUUCAGUGGAGCUAG